AUGGCUUUAGUGUACCGAACCAUGAUGCAGUUAGCAGGGAUAUUAUUUUGUUUGUUGGGAUGGGUGUUAUCCUGCCUCACUACCUAUUUACCUCAGUGGAAAAAUCUCAACUUGGAAUUGAAUGAAUUGGAGAUCUGGACAAUGGGACUCUGGCAAGCCUGUGUAGUUCAAGAAGAAGGGGGGAUGCAAUGCAAGGAAUUCGAUUCUUUUUUGGCUUUACCUCCAGAGCUCAAAAUUUCUAGGAUUCUGAUGUUUGUAUCUAAUGGAUUAGGACUUUCAGGCCUCUUGCUCUCAUGUUUCGGACUGGACUGCUUGAAGAUUGGUGAACGACAACUGGACCUAAAGAGGAGGUUACUGCUGUUGGGAGGAAUAUUCUUCUGGAUAUCAGGAGUCACAGCCAUAGUCCCAGUCUCCUGGGUUGCUCACACCACUGUGCAGGAAUUUUGGGAUGAGAAUAUUCCAGACAUCGUUCCCAGGUGGGACUUUGGGGAAGCACUGUUUGUAGGCUGGUUUGCUGGAUUCUGUCUCAUCUUAGGAGGCUCAAUGCUAAAUUGCACUGUCUGUUCUGCUGAUGCUCAGUCAUCCUCGGUCCAUUAUACAGUGGCAGAAGAGCAAGACAACUGUCAGUACCUGGAAAGUAACAACAGACCCAAAAGCCUAAGCGUUUGA